CCUCCUAAAUUCCUUUCUGGUCUCUUUCCGGCCAUGUGCGAUUGCAGUUUCCUCUGGGCGUCCAUUUCAACAGCAGGCUGCAAUUAAUCAGCGGAGAAAUAAGGCGAGGAGGAGCAGAAGAGCGAGGAAAGGGAGCAGGCGAAGAGGACCAGAAAGGGGACAAGAAGGGGUCCACUCCAUAGACCACCCUGCCAAGGCUCCCCCAGCGCGUUUCCCUUCCUGGGUGGGGGCAGAGGAGCGUUUGCAGAGGAGCCUCCUGGCCUUUGGGAUCUGGGGAUUCAGCUUCCUGGAGAAAAGAUCUCUGCCCUCCACAGAAGACCCUUGGCAGAUGUGAGUGGAUGGGGUGGCCGGGAGCUGCCACCCGGGUCCUUGGGGCAGGAGGGGCGCUGCCUGCCUGGGUGCGCCACCCUCUUCCUCCAUCCCUGCAAAGCCCACCUCGGGUGGGGCUUGCCUGGGGCUUCUGCCCAGAGAGGGCACCAAAGUCUCAUCCCCUCUCCAGCCCCAAAGCUAUGGCGAGAUUUCCCCCACCUCCAUUCCUUUCUGGGCCAGAAUUCCAGCUGGGCUGGAUCGCUCUGAGCCGGGCUUGAACCUCGCAGCUGGAGAAGCCUCUUCCGUCAGCUUUCGGGGGGACACCUCCCUUUUCAGCCCCCCAAUCUGGUUUUACCUAUAUUUCCAUCCCUUGAAGCUUCCAGAAGAAGACACCGGAUCGAAGGAGAUCCUGUCGCAUCUUAGAGAAAUAGAAAGAGGUUUCUAAUAUAUAUGCAGUUGCCAGCAAGGAAUAUUAUAUAUCACAGCAGGAUUUUAGCCGCGUCUUGAGCUCCCCUCCGCUAAAAAAGGGGGAGAGGAUUUUCUGUGGCUUGGAGGGCUUUGCAUGCCACCAAAGGCCAUGCAGUGAGAAGGAUGUCUCUGUCCAGGCUGAACAGUUUCCUCAAUGGCUUCCUGGAGGACCCCUCUGAGACGGAGGCGGCCGGAGCAGGGGACAUGUCCGGGGUCCUCAAGCGCUUGGAGACGGGCACUGUCCUCACCCUCUUCUACCAGAAGAAAUCCCAGAGGCCCGAGCGGAGGAACUUCCAAGUCCGCUUGAAAAGCAGGCAGGUUGUCUGGAGCCGCACCCCAGAGAAGGUGGAAGGGGAUGUGGACAUUAGGGAAAUUAAGGAGAUCCGUCCAGGGAAGAAUUCCCGGGAUUUUGAACGAUACCCAGAAGAUGCCCGGAAACUGGAUUCGGCUUUGUGCUUCGUUGUCUUAUACGGAAUUGACUUCAGGCUGAAGACCUUGAGCUUGGCUGCCUUUUGCGAAGAAGAUGUCAACCUCUGGGUGGCCGGCUUGAAUUGGCUGCUGACGGACACGCAGCGAUCGCAGACGCCGCUCCACAUCGAACGGUGGCUGAGGAAGCAGUUUGACUCGAUGGACAGGUCGAGAGAAGGCAGCAUCACCCCCAAGGAUCUGAAGGCCAUGUUGCCGCAGGUCAACUACCGCGUGCCUAACAUGAGAUUCCUCCGGGACAAGCUUCUGGAGGUCGAAGUCCGGAAUGAAAUCACCUUCAGCCACUUUGCACACUUCUAUAAAAACCUGAUGUUUGAUGCUCAGAAAUCGAUAAUUGAGCAGCUGGAGCUGUCCUUCCCCUUACGCAACGUAGACCGGCCAGAACUCUGCCAGAUCACGCUGUACGACUUCCAGAAGUUCCUGCAAUACGACCAGAAGGAGCCGUGGGCAAGUGACAUUGCCAAAGUCCGGGAGUUCAUGUGCAACUACCUCCGGGAUCCCUUCAGCGACAUGGCGGAGCCCUUCUUCCAGCUGGACGAGUUCCUGACGUUCCUCUUCUCCAAAGAAAACAUGGUCAUGGAUUCCAGGUUCGACCGAGUGGUGCCGGAAGAAAUGAACUACCCUUUGACUCAGUACUGGAUCUCGUCCUCCCAUAACACGUAUCUCACGGGGGACCAGUUCUCCAGCGAAUCUUCUCUGGAAGCCUACUCCCGCUGCCUCCGGAUGGGGUGCCGCUGCAUAGAAUUGGACUGUUGGGACGGUCCAGACGACCUGCCAAUCAUCUACCACGGCCAUACACUCACCUCCAAAAUCAAAUUCUUGGACGUUCUGCACACCAUCAAGGAACACGCUUUCGUCACCUCUGAGUUCCCCGUCAUCCUCUCCAUCGAGGACCAUUGCAGCAUUGUGCAGCAGAGGAACAUGGCCGCACACUUCAAGAAGGUCUUUGGGGACAUGCUGCUUACCAAACCGGUGGACAUCAACGCAGACCAGCUGCCCUCACCUGCCCAGCUCAAGAAGAAGAUCCUCAUCAAGCACAAGAAGCUGGUCGAAGGGAACCUCUACGAGGAAGUCUCCUUGGCCAGCUACUCUGAGAACGACAUCAGCAACUCCAUCAAGAACGGCAUCCUUUAUCUCGAAGACCCCAUUGACCACACGUGGAGCCCGCACUACUUUGUUCUGACCAGCAACAAGAUCUAUUACUCCGAGGAGACCUCCCGCUACCAGUCCAACGAGGACGAGGAGGAGACGGAGCAGAAAGAGGAGUUUAACAACAAUGAACUCCACUUCAGCGAGAAAUGGUUCCACGGCAAGCUGGGCGGGGGCCGCGACGGGCGGCAGAUCGCAGAGAAGCUGCUCCACGAGUAUUGCACCGAGACGGGCGGCAAAGACGGCACUUUCCUGGUGCGGGAGAGCGAGACCUUUGUGGGCGACUACACCCUCUCCUUCUGGCGUUCCGGCCGCGUUCAGCACUGCCGCAUUCACUCCCGGCAGGAAGCCGGCGCCACAAAGUUCUACCUGACGGACAACCUGGUCUUUGACAGCCUCUACAGCCUCAUCUGCCACUACCGCGAGGUGCCCCUGCGCUGCAACGAGUUCGAGAUGCGCCUGACGGACCCUGUGCCCCAGCCCAACGCCCACGAGAGCAAGGAGUGGUACCACGCCAACCUCACCCGCCUGCAGGCAGAACACAUGCUGAUGAGAGUCCCGCGAGAUGGAGCCUUCCUGGUGCGCAAGCGCGGCGAGCCCAACUCCUACGCCAUCUCCUUCCGGGCGGAAGGCAAGAUAAAGCACUGCCGGAUCCAGCAGGAGGGUCGUCUUUUCAUGCUGGGCAGCUCGGCGGAGUUCGAGAGCCUCCUCGACCUGGUCAGCUACUACGAGAAGCACCCGCUGUACCGCAAGAUGAAGCUGCGCUACCCGAUCAAUGAGGAGACGCUGGAGAAGAUGGGCACGGCGGAGUUGGACUACGGAGCGCUGUACGAGGUGCGGACCCCUCACUUCUAUGUAGAAGCCAACAAGAUGCCCACAGCCCGGUGCACAGUGAAGGCCUUGUAUGACUACAAAGCCCAGCGGGAAGACGAACUGUCGUUCUGCAAGCAAGCCAUUAUUCACAACGUUGACAAACAGGAUGGAGGAUGGUGGCGAGGAGACUACGGCGGCAAGAAGCAGCUCUGGUUCCCCGCCAACUACGUGGAGGAGAUCAUGAACACCUCUGUGCCGGAGCAGGAUGAAGCCUCCGUGGAGAACAGCCCUCUGGGCAACUUCCUGAAAGGUUUUGUUGAUGUCCCUUCCUGCCAUGUAGUUAUCUCCAAAGACGGGAGGAGCUCCAAACCAUUUGUCUUCACCAUCCAUUCCCAGCAGAUGACCCACCCAUCCCAGUCGCUGGACGUGGCGACAGACACGCAGGAGGAGCUCAACGACUGGGUGGCCAAGAUCCGGGAGGCCACGCAGAAUGCAGAUGCCAGGAUGCAGGAGGGGAAGAUCAUGGAGCGGAGGAAGAAGAUUGCCCUCGAGCUCUCCGAACUGGUUGUUUACUGCCGCCCGGUGCCUUUUGACGAAGAGAAGAUUGGCACGGAAAAAGCCUGUUACAGGGACAUGUCUUCCUUCCCGGAGACCAAGGCGGAGAAGUAUGCCAACCGUGGGAAGGGCAAGAAGUUCCUUCAGUACAACCGCCGGCAGCUAAGUCGCAUCUACCCCAAGGGGCAGCGCCUGGACUCCUCCAACUACGACCCACUGGCCAUGUGGAUCUGCGGAAGCCAGUUGGUGGCCCUCAAUUUCCAGACCCCCGACAAGCCUAUGCAGCUGAACCAGUCGCUCUUCAUGCUGGGGGGCCGCAGCGGAUAUGUGCUGCAGCCGGACAUCAUGCGGGACGAGCUCUUUGACCCCUUCGACAAGAGCAGCCUGAAGCACGUGGAGCCAAUCACCGUUCAGCUGCAGAUCCUGGGGGCCCGGCACCUCCCCAAGAACGGACGCAGCAUCGUUUGCCCCUUUGUGGAGGUGGAGGUCUGUGGCUCCGAGUUCGACAACAGCAAAAACAAGACGGAUGUCGUAGCUGACAAUGGCCUCAAUGCGGUUUGGCUCCUCAAGCAGUUUGUCUUUGACAUCAACAACCCCGAGUUUGCCUUUCUGCGCUUUGUGGUCUACGAGGAGGACAUGUUCAGCGACCCAAACUUCCUGGCUCAAGCCACCUUCCCUGUCAAGGGCCUCAAAACAGGUUACAGGUCGGUGCCCCUCAAGAACAGCUACAGCGAGGACCUCGAACUCGCUUCCUUGCUGAUCCACAUUGAAAUUGUCAAUGCCAAGGAAGAAGAUGACGAGAACCUCUACUCCUCCAUCCAGCAAUUGCGCGAUCGUGCCAACGAACUCUCCAACCAAGUGUCCGGCUUCGAGCACAGCAACAACGGCGACUCUCGCUACCAGCAGCGGCUGGACGAGCUGCGAGCGGCUCAGGAGCGCCUCAUGGAGCUGACGGAAGUGCGCAACAGGAAGUUGAUGGAGAAGAAGAAGCGAGACCGGCAGCUGGCCAACAAGCGGAACUGAAGCAGGGCCAGCGUCCCUGGCUCGCCCGUGCCACUGGGGGGGCCUGGAGGCAGCCUCUUCCUUCUCCCCACCAAGUCCCAAAAUGGCCUUUCCUACCAGCCACUGCCCAGACAGUUCUCUGCUGCCCAAGUCCCAGCUGGCUGGUUUCCUGGUGCCCGGGAGCAGAGGCUGAGGCGGCCACAGCAAGAACGCCCCCCAGGGGUGAUGGGAAGCAGGAAUCCGAGUGGACUGACCGCCUGCGGGGAUGGAGACCCCCCAAGUUCCCGCAGGCCCCAUUACGGACGUCGGACAUGGGCCUUGUCGAAAAGUUUGCUUGAGCUUAAUUUUAACCCGUAGUGGAGGA